CGGAAAUCGGCGGAAAUGAAUACGGUUCUCAAUUUAAUCGGACGGCAGCAGGGCAACGGUUUCUCGGCGUCGUAUGAUUCGGCACUGACGCGGUUGACCGUUCACGAACAGGAUAGCUGGAAGGGAAUUACUCCGUCACUGUUGACAUCGGACUUCAAUCCGUCGCCACCGAUAUUGGCGGCUAAGUUUGCGAAAUGCGAGGGAAAAGAACAUAUUCUGGCCAUUGCCAACGAGGACGGGAAGAUAGCGUUGCAAGAUACGAAUCUGCGGAAUGAUGAACCGGGUGGUGAGCGGGCAAUGGAGGGAAAACAGUGCCACAUGAAUGCCGUGUUCGAUAUCGAGUGGAUGCCGGGCCAUAUGAGCUUGGUGUCGGCUUCGGGAGAUCAUACGGCGCGGUUGUUCUCGGUGACGGAAUCAAGUUUGGAGUGCAAGCGGAUAUUCAACGGUCAUUCACGGUCGGUAAAGACAGCGGCGUUUAGGCGGACAGAUCCGGCGGUCUUCGCUACGGGUGGAAGAGAUGGAGUAAUUGUACUGUGGGACUCAAGGGCGUUCUUCGGAUCAACUAUGGCCCCGAGAGCGGAUAACUGUAUCUACAGUGGCCACGCCGGGGGACCGGGAACGCCUUCUGGAUAUAGGAAGCGAACGCGAGCGACGCCAAAGAUUCCACCGAAUGUGUGCAGUAGCAGUAUAACUGGCCUUGCCUUCCAGGACGAUAACACGUUGAUCUCGUGCGGUGCCGGAGAUGGUAUCGUUAAGGUGUGGGAUGUUCGACGGCAUUACUCCAGUCACAACCGGGAUCCCCUGCCGAAGCACAGUUUUCCCUAUGCCGGAACGACGACCUUGAAGGGCUUCACGAAUCUCCUGAUUGACCACAGCCGGAGCCGGCUGUACGUGAACUGUAUGGACAAUCAUAUCUAUUGUUAUAAUAUUUCAACUUAUGCGGCAGAGCCGAUCCAAAGGUAUAGCGGAUUGAAGAACGAUACGUUCUACAUUAAAUCGUGUCUGAGUCCGGAUGGACAGUAUUUGAUAAGCGGUUCCAGCGAUGAGAAGAGCUACAUUUGGAAUGUGGACAAUCCUAAACCGUUGGUUCGGCUGGAUGGGCACACGGUGGAAGUGACAAGUGUUGCGUGGAUGCAAACUCACAAUGAUAUUCGGAUUGUGACAUGCAGCGACGAUGCGAGGCACAAGAUCUGGAGAGUAGGUCCGGAGGAAAUCGACGAGGACACGAAGGUGCAAUACAGGGGUCACGCUGAGUAUUGUGAUAGCUACCGGAAGGAAUCGGCCAAAGUUCGACUGAAAGCAUUGGAGUUUACCCCACGAUCCAUUCGAAGGCUGGUCGAGGAAAAUGAAAAGACUCCCAACACCAUCGAGAAGAAGCUCCCGCUCAAACGAACGUUUUCGGAAAUGAACAUCGACGAUCUGGAAGAUCCAUCUACCUCCUACGUUGAAAUCAAACGACCCAACAUCGAAACCCGGGGACGACGUCUGUUCAGCCCUGCCAACAACAACUGCAAAUCGUCCGGAUUUGCAGCCCUGGAAAUAGCCGCAUCUUCGAGCUCUUCGCGGAGUCUCCAUACCGUCCUCGAGGAAAGCGAAGACCAAUCACCAUCAUACUGCAGUAAAUCCCCUCUGACCAUAUCGGACCUCAAUCUCAAAUCACCCGAACUGAGUGUCGAACCCAGCUGCAGCAAACUCCCCAAUGGCUUAUCUUCGCCGACCAUUAACCUGCCGAACUUUGUCCUAGAUGGAGAAGCUCCCCAUCUGGUCAACGUUUCUAGCAAUGCCAACAAACGCAAGCUCAAGGAGAACGUCGAUUGGCUAACGAAAAUUCGCAAACAGAAGCUCCUCCAAGCCGCGAAAAGCACCGAGUCUAGCUCCACCAACGGAACAUGCUCCGAAGAAGUGUCCCUUCUACUUUCCCCACGACUUCAAAUGUUGAAAACCUCCGAAGAUCAUCCCUCUUCCAGCAGCAGCAAUCACCAAAGCUACCACCACCUCCAGCCCAGCACACCCCGGCGGAGAUCGUCCCGGUGCGGUUCGAUCGACGGACAACCUCGAACGCCUAGCAGCCGAUCGAGUCGACCAAGCACACCGGAGACGUCGAUUUUGCGAUUUUUUACCGUCAAGACUCCCACCGGCAGCGGGACCGAUGUGUAAAUUUAAAAUUUUCCUUCAAUUGACAAUCUUUUUUUUUUUCUUACGUUUUUUCUUCUUCUUUUCAUUAUCUAAUCAGACAAAAAUUUGACGAAUUA